CGACAAUUCCGACAACCAGCGCGUCAUCACGAUGGGAAACCUGCUCCAUUAUGGCCCUGUGAAGAAGCAGAUCAAGCUGCGCAGCAACCAACUGAUCAAGUUCGUCAAGCCCAUCGCGCACUAUGGUUUUCUUCCCCUUGUCAUCUACCUCGGUUUGAGCACGGAACCCCAAGCCGAUUUGUUGAUGGUCCUGUUGCCGUGGGUCCAGCCCGACGCGCCGGCAGGUUCUGGCGGGUACUAAGACUGCCACCCAGCCAGUUAGGUAGAAAAUUCUACCUACCUCCAACCCAACGACGACGACAUCUCCAUAUACACCUUACAAUACCAACGAAUCAUCAAUCCAUGUUAUGUAUACAACCAGCAUUGCGGCGCCUAGCACUUCCAGAUGCGGCACGUGUUGUCCUUGGACCCCGUGAUAAUCGUGUCGCCUUCGUAGUUGAACGCACAACUAAAGAUUUCGUCAGUAUGGCC